AGCAGAGGGACCCACACGCAGAGAUCUCCCCGGCUCCUGGCACCAUGGCCCCCCUGAAGACGCUGCUCCUGGUCGCCCUCCUCCUGGGGGCUCUCCUGCAGGACACCCACGCAGCCCGAGCAGGCAACGUGGGCCGGGAGUGCUGCCUACAGUUCUACAAAGGACCCAUUCCCGGCAAGCUGUUGGUGGAUUGGUACCAUACCCCGGGCGAUUGUCCCAACAACGCCAUUGUGCUGGUGACUCGCCAUGGCAAAAACAUUUGUGCAAAUCCCAAGGACAAAAAUGUGAAGAGAGCAAUGAAGUACUUCCAGAAACACAGGAAGUCACCUGAUCUGACCGCCUAGUAGUCCUGACCUCUCCCUGGACCUCUUGUAGACCUCCUGCCUCAAUGUUCAUGACCCCAACCCCCAGCUCCUGGAGCCAGAGGAGGCCCUACAAGGACAAAGAGGCCCCUUGUCCCCUUUUCUGAUUAAAGUCUUUCUCCCUCA